UUAAUAUUGAAUUAGAAAGUGAAUCUGAAUUAGUAGCUGAUGGUGAAUUAGAAAGUGAAUCUGAAUUAGUAAUUGCUAAAUUAAGAUCAAAAAGUAAAAAAUGUAUUAAUAAUGAAAUUGAAUCAAGCAAUAGUGAAUAUAGUGAAAAUAAUACUGAUA